GAAAAAUGGAACUCAACCGAGAACAUUUUCUAUCCAUAGUCACAGAACUCAGUGAAACAAUAAGUUGUGAGCUAACCAUCUGGGGGUUUUUGAGCUUGUUCUGGGGGAAUUCUGGUUGUUCUAUCUGGCAACAGUGGCAACCCUGUCACGGUCGCACAUGGGUUGGAGAGGAGCUGACGGAUAACCUCACUUUGAUUUUUCCAAAAUUAUUUCGGUUUUGGUGUCGUUUUCAGUUCGUUAAUAUCACACAGUUAAUUUCAUCAAAACAUCGUCAACAUGUCUUGGUUGUUUGGGUCUCGAAGUCGAGAGCAAGGGCCUGACUUGGCUCAAAUGGGGCUCGGUAUACCUUCAGGAGCUGGCGGGGGCUCUGGGAAUGAUCCACCGCAAGAACCGAAUUUAUCGAAGGCAGAGCGCAAAGCCAUGGAGGCCUACAGGUUUGAUUCCACAGCUUUGGAAAGAGCAGCACAAGCAGCCAGAGAACUGGAAAGAUCAAAACACGCCAAAGACGCACUAGAAUUGUCAAAACAGCAGGAGGUCACGCGCCAGGUAGAACAACAGGCGAGGAUCAAAGAAUACGAAGCUUCAAUCGCUCAAAUGCAGAUCGAGGCCAAGAGGGCUGAAGCUGAAGAAAAACGGAAAUUAUUACAAGAAGAAACGAGACAACAUCAAGCUCGCGCACAGUACCAAGACCAGUUGGCGAGAAAGAGGUACGACGACCAAUUGGCGCAGCAACAAAGAAUGAACGAGGAAAAUUUGAGGAGACAAGAAGAGUCUGUCGCAAAACAAGAGGCGAUGAGAAAAGCUACCAUAGAACACGAGAUGGAUCUGAGACAUAAAAACGAAAUGAAGCGAGUUGAAGCUGAAACAAAAGCUAAGGCAAAAGCAGACAGGGAGAAUAGAGAUUUGAUUUUAGAGCAAAUUAGACUCAAGGCUGAACAAAACAGAAUCACCGUUUUGGAAAGUAUAAAGACUGCCGGAUCAGUGAUAGGCACUGGAGCACAGGCAAUGUUGAAUGAUUGGAAUAAAGUACUGACGGCUGCAGGUGGCUUGACAUUGCUUGCCCUUGGCGUAUAUUCUGCAAAAGGAGGAACCACUGUUGCAGCUAGAUACGUAGAAUCUCGCUUAGGAAAGCCAUCGUUAGUUCGUGAAACUUCCCGUUUCUCGCUACUGGAAGCAGUGAAGCAUCCGAUCGAGACCGUCAAGAAAUUGAAGCAACCGGAACAGGACGCCUUAUCCGGCGUAGUUCUGGCACCGAAAUUGGAGGAACGGUUAAGGGAUGUAGCGAUAGCCACAAAAAAUACCAAACAAAACAAGGGAAUGUACAGGAAUAUCCUUAUGCAUGGACCGCCUGGCACAGGAAAGACUAUGUUUGCUAAGAAAUUGGCAAAACACUCGGGAAUGGACUAUGCAAUUUUGACUGGUGGUGAUAUAGCACCAAUGGGCAAAGAAGGCGUUACAGCAGUUCACAAAGUAUUUGACUGGGCGAAUGGUUCUGGAAAGGGUCUGCUGUUAUUCGUCGACGAAGCAGACGCCUUUUUGAGGAAGCGUUCUUCGGAAACAUUUCGGAAGACUUGCGAGCUACGCUAAAUGCGUUCUUAUACCGUACGGGAGAGCAGAGUAACAAAUUUAUGCUGGUACUAGCAUCGAACACACCCGAACAGUUCGAUUGGGCCGUGAAUGACAGAUUGGACGAAAUGGUGGAAUUCCAGUUGCCCGGCUUAGAAGAGCGAGAACGAUUGAUCAGAAUGUACUUCCAGAAAUUCGUUCUGGAACCUGCAGCGGAAGGCAAAAGGAGGCUGAAGGUGGACAACUUCGACUACAGUGCCAUCUGUUCUAAAAUUGCUCAAAUGACAGAAGGGAUGUCUGGCAGGGAAAUUGCUAAGUUAGGAGUAGCUUGGCAGGCUGCGGCGUACGCUUCACCAGACGGCAUUUUGACUGAGAAAAUGGUGCUGGACAAAGUACAAGAUCAUGUCAAACAACAUAGGCAAAAGGUAGGUGCAAG